CAAUGUCUCUCCUCGCCCGCAACGCUCGCGCAGUCGCUCGCAACGCCUCGAAGGCUCGCUCCUACUCUCUCGUCGUCGACGCCCCCUCCUCGGAAUGGGUCGCCAAGCGCAAGGCCGUCAAGGCGCACGCCGGUGAAACCGCCCAAUUGUGGAGGAAGAUCAGCUUCUUUGUCUGCUUCCCCGGUGCCCUUGCCGUCCUCGCAUGGGUUCGCAAUGCUGAAGAAGAACAUGAAAAGCAUCUGGCGCACGCGAGGCACGAGAACGGCGGAGAGCUUCCGGAGGUUCCCGCCUAUGACUACCUCAACCGACGUGUCAAGCCUUUCCCAUGGGGCCCCAACAGCCUCUUCUGGAAUGCCCAGGUCAACAAGGACAUGAGCGAUGCUUGAUUUGGAUGUCCCCUGUCUUCUCCCUCGAAUAAACUGUGUUUGAAUC